AUGAGGUUCUCAGUUGGAGUUCAAGCAUUGAAAAUAGCUGAUAUUUAUGCCAGUAUCUUUUAUAAUCAAUCGUUAAUUGAAAAUAAUGAUCAUCAAUUUGUCUGCAAAUGUAUCAAGCCUGGAACAUUCGGAAAGUAUUGCCAGUAUCAAUUGACACAUGAUGUAACAGCAUUUAGUGCAGCCAUCAAUAUUCAAUUUAAGCAAAAGGAAACUGGCGAUCCAUGGAAUACUCAAAAAUAUGGAAAAAUUCUUUGCUAUGAAACACUGUCUUUGCAAUCCUAUAAACUCUGUCUCGAUUGGCGAGAUAUUUGCGAUGGUAAUCCACAGUAUGUCAAUGGUCUUGAUGAAGAAAAUUGUGACAAGUUGGAAUUCAAUGAAUGUGAAGAUGAUGAGUUUCGAUGCACAAAUGGUAUGUGCAUUCCGGAAGAAUUCUGGCUUGAUGGUGUUUAUGAUUGUAUGGAUUGGUCUGAUGAAUAUAAUAUUGAUUUAGGACAAUCAUGUUCUUUCCAAGCAAAAUCUAUUGAAUGUGAUGAACAUUUGUGUCAUCCGAACGCGUACUCAUGCGGUGAUGGACAAUGUAUUGAAUGGUUCACUCGACUCGUAUUUCAACGGGAAGUCUCACCAGGAAAGGACUGUUAUAAUAAACGAAAUCUAAAUUUUAUGUGUGAGGCAAGUCAAGAUCAACCUUCUUGGACAUUAGAAGAUGGAUUGUAUUCACGAGAGAAAGGUUACGAUGAUUUGCGAUAUCCACCGUUUCAUAUGAUGAAUUCUUCAAAAUUAACUUCUAACGAAAAAUGUCAAUACCUAUUUCAAUGCAUUUUAUCAAAUAAUUUCGAGCACGAUUGUUCUUGUGAUCAGUUUAAUUGCUCACAAAUAAUGAUGCAUUUUUGCUCAUUUAAUUUGCUGAUUUUGUAUCCUCCUCGAGGAUUGAUCAACGACAAUUUAGUGUCCAUCUUCAUCUAUUAUGAUUUCGAGAAGAAAUCACUUGUUAAUUUAGUCGGCGUCACUGGUCAAAUCAAAUGUCGAGGAUAUCACUUUAGUACUAUUAAGACGGAAUAUUUACCUCUUGCACUUGUAUUUUCAAUCCGUCAUAUGCAUUACUUUCUUUGUGCCAUAAGUGAAUAUAUAUCAAUGGCUAUCGAGAUAAUUCAUCACGUUUUCAAUAUGAAAAAAAUUGCUGGAAUGAAUUUCGAACAUUUAAUGAUCGACCUUAUGCUGUUUUUUUCUGGUGUGUGCAAUACAAGUCGAGAAUGUAUUUCACAAUAUCGAAUUCAUAAUGGAUAUUAUGACUGUAUUGAUAAAGAAGAUGACUUCAAACAUUUCGAGAAAGACUAUUGUACUGGUAACGUUAAACGACACCGUUUUCAAAGUUUUAAUAAUGAACACAAAUGUCUAUCAAUUUCAUAUUUGGGUUCAGGAAAAAAUGAAUGCUCAAACGGUUAUGAUGAAAUAUGGUACGAUACUGGUAAUGCUAUUGCACAGGAAAUCAAUUGUAAUGAAGAAAACGAUGCAGGUUGUGGUCGAUUAAGAGAGUAUAUUCGAUUGUCAUCAAUCAGCAAUAUUUCAUUGCUUGAGCGUCAAGACAAAAUGUCAACUCAUCAAAUAUCUUUUUAUGUAUAUUGCAAUAGUUUCUGGAAUCUCAAUAAUCACAUCGAUGAAUCGAGUUUUGCAUGCAAAUAUUGGACAUGUCAACAUUAUGAAUAUGAAUGUCAAACCGGACAAUGUAUUCAACUUGAUUGGGUAUGCGAUGGUGAAUGGGAUUGUGCAGAUGCAUCUGAUGAAGAAGCUAUUGUACUCAUCAAUACUUGGUCAGCACACAAUGCCAACCUUUCUGGUUUGAAUAAUAAAGUGAUGGAAUGUCGUAAACGAUACUUUCAAUCCCCAUUUUCUACCAAAUGCAAUACUUCAUUUGAAUAUGGAUGCUAUCGAUCAGGAGUAUUAAAUCCAUUGGACAUUGACUCUUAUCGACCAUGCAUCAAUCUUACUCAGAUUGGUAAUAAUGUCGAAGAUUGUUACGGUAGUAAUGACGAAAAAAAAUACAUUGGAAGUUAA